UUAUCACUUUAUGUUUGCAAAUGAGAUAUUUAUACUUUAAAACUCUACGUAAUAAUUAUGUUUAAAAGUUGUUGUGCUCGACCGAGUAAAAAAAUGAGUAAAAGUAAAUCUAAAUCAGAAAAAAUGGAUUCAAAUUCUGAAUCUGACUCGGAAAAUACAAAAAAAAAGUUGCCUGAUAUUGAGGAUAACAAUACUCCGGAAAAGAAAGAAUUACCACUAACAAACAAAGAUUCUGUAAAAGACAUUAAUUUAGGAGAGGGUAAUGAACAAAAAUCUUCGGAAAUGGCCACUGUUCACGAAGACACGGACGUAGAAAAUAAUGAUGACGAGGUACAUAAUGAUUCUGUCAGUGAAGCCGGGGAAGUGGAUACUUUAGAUCUUGUGCUUCCAAAAAAAGAGUUGACAAGAAAGAGAUAUUCGGUUGACUAUAAAAGGACUCGCUUGGAUUUUAAACGAUUUUCUGUUGAUUGCCGACGUGACUCUGCUACUUUGGAAGAAUUAGCUCGUCUUGAACAAGAACUCGCUCGGACAAAUGUGGAUGUGCGUCCUGGAGGUCGACGCAAGUCAACUGGUAUUUUAAAAUCAACAACCAAUAGCACCAAUGGAGGGUCAGAACAUCGACCUAGUAGCAAACAAGAAUCAGAUACAGAAGAUGACGAAGUAUUUGAGGAAAGUGUGACCAAAACUGGGGAAAAUGAAGGACCUCGAGAUCCGCCAGCUACUCCAGUGGGCCGGGAUGAGUUAGCACUAAGGAGGCAUAGAUUUUUUUCGGAUCUUGUUUGUGCUGCACGGGCUGCUGUAGAACAUCGUGUUCGCUUUGAUCCACUCGGUCCAGUGGUUGCAGAUCCAGGCAGCGAAGCCGACGCUGCAGCAGCGACCCGGAGCCCAGCAUCGGACCUCGAGUGCUUGAUAGAGCGCUUGGAGCGUGUCACAUCGCGUCUGGAGCGCUUGCCGCUGUUACGCGCGCGCACUCCAACGCCGCCAGCGUCUCCUGCUCCCUCGCCAGUCUCUGAGCCCUCGCUCCCACAUCAAGCACUGUGCUUUGAACCAACCGACAACAUGAGCGUUAACGGUUAUCAAGAUAUAGUGCAGGGUCCCCUGCAAGUCUACUUGCAGCUGUCGCAGCAGAUCGGUGGCGAUGUGUCCGCACACGCCAACCUGGUCAACGCCGCCUUCCAGGCGCAACUUCGCUACAUUCAACUGGCUACAACAAGGAGCAAGCCUUCCCAGGCUGAGGAGAUGCAACUCCUGGCUCCGACCAGCGAGCAGAUCUCUGCUAUACAGCAGUUCCGCGAGAAGAACCGCGCUUCGACGUACUUCAAUCACUUGUCGGCUAUAUCCGAGAGCAUUCCUGCUCUAGGAUGGGUGGCUGUGGCGCCCACCCCGGCACCUUAUGUAAAGGAAAUGAACGACGCCGGUCAGUUCUACACGAACCGAGUGUUGAAGGAAUGGAAGGAGAAAAACAAGACGCACGUGGAGUGGUGCCGCGCCUGGGUGCAGCUACUAUCCGACCUUCAGGCCUACGUCAAGCAGUACCACACCACCGGACUCGUCUGGUCUGGUACCGGCGCCGGAGCUCCCCCACCGCCGCCCCCCGGCGGCAUGCCCCCACCACCUCCAGUGCUCCCAGACGUGGACUUCUCCAACUUGUCCGUGGACGACCGCAGCGCCCUCUUCGCUGAGAUCAACCAGGGCGAGAACAUCACUAGCAGUCUGCGUAAGGUGACCCCGGACAUGCAGACGCACAAGAACCCGCAGCUCCGUCAAGGCCCCGCCCCGUUCAAGGCGGCCCCGGCGGCCCGCGCCCCGCCUGGCAAGCAGCUGCCGCAGCCCGGCGCCGGCACGCUAGACAAGCCGCCUGUCUUCACUCGCGACGGCAAGAAGUGGCUCAUUGAAUAUCAAAAAGGCAACCCCAACCUGGUGGUUGAGAACGCGGACAUGAACAACGUGGUGUACAUGUUCCGCUGCCGCGACUCUGCGCUGACGGUGCGCGGCAAGGUCAACGGCGUCGUGCUCGACUCCUGCACCAAGUGCGCCGUCGUCUUCGACAACCUCGUCUCCAGCAUCGAGUUCGUCAACUGCCAGUCUGUGCAGAUGCAGGUGCUGGGCAAGGUGCCGACAGUGUCGAUCGACAAAACGGAUGGCUGCCAAAUCUAUCUGUCUCCGGAAUCGUUGGAUGUCGAGAUCGUCAGCUCCAAGUCUUCGGAAAUGAACGUGCUCGUACCCAAAGGCAACGGUGACUAUUCCGAGCACCCGGUCCCGGAGCAGUUCAAGACAGUGCUGAACAGCACAAAAAGCGGUAUCACCACGACGCCCGUCGAGAGCACGGGCUAAACGCCACGCACUCACUCGAGAAUCGAACCUCGUUCACUAUCCAGCUCUCAGUGUCAACCGAGACGAGGCGAAUCUUUAUAUAAUUAUCAUAAUACUUGCACGAUCUAGUUCAACAUUAGUUCACGUACCAUGGUUCGCCUCGAAGCAUCCACUCGAAGCACAAACUAUCUUUUGUACCAUCAGUCGAUCGAGGAAGGUUCUCGAGUCUCGCGUGCCUCUAUUUAGUCUUGUAUCGAUCAUCUUAUUUAAGAACUGUCUUCAUUUCUUGCUCAUUGCGCUCGAUUGUAGUAUUUAAAUAUUAUAAAUCUAAUACGACGUAGAGAUAACUAUAACUCAAGUAUUUACUGGCCUUUGUGUGUAAUGUAUGAUGUUCCUUACACUAACGUUUGAGAUUUGACAAGAAGGUAACAUGCUAGGAGUACCGCUCGGUACAGGAGUUAGUUAAGUUAGCUGUAAGGUGUGUGACUGUCUCGAGCAUCUCAAGUAAGAAAGGUUUGCAUUCUCGACUUUCGCUGUUUCUAUUAAUAUGUACGAUGAUUAAACCCCGAAGCUUGACACGCGUGAGGUCUAAUUUUCUUACUUGUAUUACUUCCUUGUGAUCAUUGCAUUGUUUAUGUCGAUUUCUGUCUAUGGGAGAACUCACCCAGAUUAUAUUUUAAUUUAGGACAUGCUAUAUUAUUUUGUGAUUGUAAUUAUUAUUUUUAAUUCAAUAUUUCUUAUUAAAUCAGCGAAUUUUGUAUUAAAAUAAUUAAUAAUUUGUCGACAUCGUUACUGUGUAAGAUUUGAUUAUUAUUUAUUAUAUCACCCUUAUUUUGAAGAAUAUAAUAACUGUAUUGAAAGUUUGCAUUUUGUUAAUUUAUUUGUCGAGAGAUUAAAAUUAUU